AAAAGUGUGCCGUGCUGCUCUCCUCACAACCCAAUCCCCAAGUGGUACACACCCAUACAUACAUGCCAACUUAUGCUGCCUUUAUGCUUGCAGCCCCCACUUUUAGGUCUUUACACGUCUGUGUGUAUAUUUAUCCAGCGAGUGCAAGUGACCGACGUCCAAAGAGCAACGUACGGAGCUCCGACUUUCGCCGGAUAAGUGACUCCAUCCAUUCCUGUUCAGGAAUCGAGCCGAACAAAAAGCACCCACCACCCCACCCACUUGUAAAAAGUGUCAUGAGACAAUAAAGGAACAUAAAGAAAGAAAGGAAACGCGAAGGGAAGAGUGGAGCUCCUUUGUUACAUCUCUGGAAGAAUCGCUCGGCUCUGAAACAUAGUAGAGAGCGAUGACGGAAAGCGUGGAGCUGAUGAACAAGUACGGCGAGCCACUGCGCUACGACCGCAACUUUACGGGUCCCCGGCAAAGGGAUCGCAGCUGCACGGAUGUGCCCUGCCUGCUGCUCUUCGUCCUCUUCCUGGGAGGAUGGGCCUACAUCGCCCAGUACGCCAUCAAGAACGGUGAUCUCAACGCACUGUUGGUGCCGACAGACUCUUUCAACCGAAAGUGUGGCAAGGACUCCGGGGUGCUGAAUAAGAAAAAUCUAUUCUUUUUCGACAUGAAUAAGUGCAUAGAUCCCAUCGUACCCCUCACUGGAUGUCCCACGCCGCAGGUGUGUGUGGAGACCUGUCCCAGGCAGACAUUCGUUUGGGACACGAUGAAGGAUCAACUCAGCUUCGCGGAGCUGCACAGUCGUCUCAUCUGCCUGACGGAGGAGCACAAGGCGCAGAUUCGCACCAAAUCGGACAUUGAACAGGCCAUUAAGCAGAAUCAAUGUGCGCGCUGGUACAUCAAGAGUGCUCCGUUCCUGCAAAGAUGCCUCUUCGAGUUUUCCCAGGGAGUGUGCGACUACAUCCCCUCGUUCCUUCUGCAGGGAGGAAGAUCGAGGCGGGAGCUGCAGCUGCUGCCAGGAAACACCAGCACAGAAACGCAACGGCAGGCCCAGGUGAUGGCCCUGAGCAUGGCGGAGGCCCAGGCUCUGGUUGUUCCACAGGCGAAUAGCAAGCAAACGCCAGUGGAGGAGGAACCGAUCGUACAGUGCAAGCGCAGACUCAACGAGGCCGUUAUCAAGGAGAAGAUGAUGCAGACGGACACGAGGCUGGCCAAGCUGGUGGGCAACAUGGUGGCCCACUUCUACAAUGGCACGCACGACGCCCAGCGUUUGGGAGAGGAGAUAGUGGAGGAUCUGGUCAACUCCUGGUCGAUUGUCCUGGUGGCUUGCUUCUGCACUCUGAUCGCCUCACUGAUUUACAUCGCCCUCAUGCGCUGGCUCUCGGCUCCGAUCCUAUGGUUCUCCAUCUUCGGCGUACUUAUUGGUCUUUUGGUGGGCAUCUACUACACGGUGAAUCAGUACCUUUUCUGGGAGAAAACUCCAACGGUGCCGCUGCACGGCUUGAAUUUGCAAUCCACGGUCAAGAACGUACUGCAAAACCAGAACACCUGGCUCUAUCUGUCCAUCUUCGUGGGCGUGUGCUUCGUGGUCAUCCUACUGCUGGUGAUUGUGCUGAGGAAGCGCAUCCGGAUAGCCAUUGCCCUGACCAAAGAAGGCAGCAAGGCGGUGAGCAGCGUGAUUAGCACCGUCUUCUUCCCCAUCUUCUCCUGGAUACUCUUCAUGGCCGCCAUAGCGUUUGCCAUCGGUGUGGGCUUGUAUCUUGGCUCCAUUGGAGACCCCUCGUUCAGAAUGGUGCGUCAGUUGACGGAAAGUGGCGAAGUGACCACCGAGGAUUGCGUCUGCGAUGGUCCAGCCAUUAAUUACACAGUGGGUGGAUCAUGUGUCCCGCUGGUGUUCCAGGAAAAUUGCGCCGUUCGGCAGACUACUUUUUUUUCACAACGCAUUGCCUGCUCGAAAACCACCUGCAGCUUUGACUCGAUUACCAAUCCGCCCAAGAUUAAGUUCGCUAUCGUCUACAACGUGUUCGGAUUCCUCUGGCUGAGCUUCUUCAUAUCAGCCUUUAGCUACAUGGUGCUGGCCUCCACGUUCGCCCGGUGGUAUUGGACCUUUAAAAAGAGGGAUGUGCCGUACUUCACCCUCACCAGGGCCUUCUGUCAGACCGCUUUCUAUCACCUGGGAACCGUGGCGUUCGGGUCCCUCAUCCUGGCUAUCGUCCGGUUGAUCCGAUUGGUGCUCGAGUACAUCCAUGAGAAGCUAAAGAAGUACGACAAUGCGGUGACGCGGGCCAUCCUCUGCUGCAUGCGCUGCUUUUUCUGGCUGCUGGAGACCUUCCUGAAGUUCCUCAAUCGGAAUGCCUACAUCAUGUGCGCCAUUCACGGCAAGAACUUCUGUUCGAGUGCCGCGGACUCGUUUAACCUGAUUAUGAGGAACUUCCUGCGUGUGGUUACACUAGACCAGGUCACGGACUUUUUGUUCUUUUUGUCGAAACUGCUGCUAACCGCGGGAGCGGGGGUGUCCACCUACUACUUCCUGGCCAAUAAUCCGGCCAUUAUUCAGCUACAUUACAAUGCAGUGCCCACCACGGUGGUGGUGAUUGCUGCCUUCCUCAUAACGAGCGUGUUCUUCGGCGUCUACUCGACGGCCGUGGACACGCUGUUCCUGUGCUUCCUGGAGGACUGCGAGCGAAACGAUGGCUCCCCGGAGAAGCCCUUUUUCAUGUCCAAGCAGCUAAUGAAGAUCCUUGGCAAGAAGAACAACCUUCCGCCGCGUCAGCGCCGCGGGAAGUAGAAGAUUCCGACGGGAAAAGGCAGUGCAAAUUAUCAGUUAAUUGAGAUAAAAGAUAUAUAUAUAAAUAUGUAUUUAACCUAGCCCGAAAUCGAAAGGGGUUGUGAGCGAUUGCUCAACCGGCUGCAAUAGGUUUGCAUGAAAUGCAGACUUCUUUGCCAAUACUCUUAAUCUUUAAUCUAAUGUAUAUAAUACGCCAGUAUCCAUAUGUAAAAGUUUUUUGUGCGGCUAGAUGUGCGAUCGAACAUGUGAUAGGCGCGGACCAUAAAGACCAAAAGCAAUACGAUACAAUACAAUAAUUUGUAUACAGAAACACAAACCUACAUAUCUCACUUUCAUGCAGCUUAAGUUAACGAUAUACUUAUAUCACUUUGAUUAUAGUUUACGAAUUUAAUAAAAAUGAAUUUAAU